CAUCCAUCUGAUUCAGUCUCAAAAUAACAUUUACCAUGGAUACAGAAGCGGAACGCUCUAAUUCUAUGGGUGAUGAACGCUCUAAUUCUGUGGGUGAUGAAAAGCACACCGUUCAACAUACUACUGUGACAGAGGGCAGCAAGCUCGACGAUAGAGCAGAAACAUCUCACAUUGAUCACCACAAGCCUACUGUUGAAGAAAUGGAAGGGUCUGGGGGACUGAAAGGUCUCCUAGCCAAUCCUUUCGUGUUCGCUACUGCAGUCUUUGCAUCGCUCGGAGGUCUCCUGUUCGGAUAUGAUCAAGGAGUAAUCUCUGGAGUGUUGGUUAUGCCUCACUUUAUGGCGACGUUCCCAUUGAAUCCUACUGAGAAAGGCUUUGUCGUGGCCAUCUUAGAAUUGGGAUGUUGGGCAGGCGCUUGGUUUGCCGGGUACUUUGCAGACAAGAUUGGCCGAAAAUUUACUAUAGUUCUUGGAACCGUCAUCUUCUUAUUGGGCGCUUCUUUGCAAGCUGGAGCUCAAAACAUCAGCUUUUUGUUCGGUGGUCGUUUCGUAUGUGGCUUGUCUAUCGGUAUCUUGAGUAUGGUCGUCCCACUGUACCAAAGCGAGAUCAGCCCUCCUGAAAUCCGUGGUUCUCUCGUUGCCCUACAACAAUUUGCUAUCACUGUUGGUAUCUUGAUCUCCUUCUGGAUUGACUAUGGUACAAGUACGAUUGACAGCGAUGUCCAAUGGAGACUUCCUCUCGCUUUACAGCUCAUCAUUGGAUUGAUCCUCGGUGUGGGCAUCCUCUUCUUCCCAUUCUCGCCAAGAUGGUUGAUGUCGCAAAACAGAGAGGAAGAUGCUUUAAGGGUACUCAGUCGCCUUCGACGUUUGCCUCCUGAUAAUCCGAUCGUUGAAGAAGAGUGGAGAGAAAUCAAGGCUACAGUUGAAUUUGAUCGUCAAAUCGAAAGAGAAAAGUACCCUCAGCAUAUCAACAAUGGUGCAAAGGGUCGAUUCAUGAUUGGUCUUGGUGGCUACCGUGACUUAUUCAGAAAAGGCAUCUUCAAGAGAUUAUGGCUGGGAUGUGCUCUACAAUUUUUCCAGCAAUUUACUGGAAUCAAUGCUAUCAUUUACUAUGCACCCACCAUUUUCCAAUCUAUUGGUUUGACUGGUACAGCCGUGCCUCUCCUUGCUACUGGCAUCGUUGGUGUCGUAAACGUUGUAUGCACUAUCCCAGCUGUCCUAUUCCUCGACCAGUUCGGCCGACGAAAAGCUCUACUGGUUGGUGCUUUCUUCAUGGCCAUUUCUCACAUUAUUAUUGCCAUCAUUGUCGGCCUCUUCGAGAACGACUGGCAAGCUCACACUACUGCAGGUUGGGUUGCUGUCGCUUUUGUCUACUUCUUCAUUGCCAAUUUUGCCUACUCUUGGGGACCUAUUGGAUGGGUAUAUCCCAGUGAAAUUUUCCCAUUACGAAUCCGUGCAAAGGCUAUGUCGGUAACCACAUCAGCCAAUUGGAUGUGCAACUUCAUAAUAGGUCUCAUCACACCACCUAUGAUUGCCUCAUUACGAUUUGGAACUUAUGUAUUCUUUGCUGCAUUCACUGUGAUAAUGUUCUUCUGGGUAUUAUUCUUCGUUCCUGAAACCAAGGGAAGAAGUUUGGAAGAUAUGGAUCAAGUAUUCGGUGAUAAAUCAGCCGUACAUGAUGCUGAGCUUAUGGACCACAUCCAAGCGCAAGUCCAUGAGCAUGAUGCCCCACCAACUGCUGCAGUCAAACAGGAAAGAGAUGAUUUGGAAUAAGUUAGCCUAUAUCGAUUAUAACUUCCUGACAUCAGUUCCCCCCCCCCCUUUUUUUUUUAUUCUUCUUUAUUACGGGUGCGAGCUGCCAACCUGCCCAUACCUAUGUUUACCUAUUCUUUAUUCGCCUCUUUCUUCUCAAUAUUAUACUACUGUAGUCUGGAUAUCUUAACUUCAUAUCCACAAUAUAUGGUUGUCACCAUGUGUUCUAGUAUGGAAUAAAACAUGAUAUGCUGCCUAUCGCAAGCGACGGCA